GCUCAAAAUUUUCUAAAUUCCAUUAAAAAAACAGUUUAUUCCUUAGCUUCACCUCAAUGAUCUGCAUGUGAGUCUGAGCUAAUUAAGUGGAUCCGAUUGGGAUGAAACUGCUAGUUUAGUGACGAUAAUGGAAGCAGAGAGGAGCAGUAAUAAUACAAGUAGUCGAGACGGGAGGCGUGCCGGGGCGAGUCGGUUCUUGCGACAGAUGAAGCAGUCUCCGUCUACUGAGAAAUUUAGUAAUAAAGAAAGAAUUAAGAAACUGAGCGCUGUUAAUAGAGUAAUUAGCUCAAGGAACGAGGAAAAAUAUGAGAUGGGUUGUGACUUAGUUGAAAGAGAAGAUGCUAAUACUACUGCCAGUUGCAGUGCUGUCACUAAGAGAUUCAAGCUUCCCAGGAAGCAGUAUUUUGAUGACUGCAAUGGCGUUGUCGAUCGUGUUUCUGUUCCGCGAAAGCUUCGGUCUGCCAUGAAGAAACGCAAUCGAGAAUCCAUCUCUCCACCUUUUCCAGAUUCAAAGAAGCUUAACUAUUCUAAUGGUGGUGCGGAAUCGUCCAAAAGGGCGGGCUUAAAGAAAUCCAAAUUGAACUUGAAACAAGAGGGCCCAAAUUGGUCCAUAAAGCAAAGUGUUACUGGACCAAUCACCAAAGAUGAGGAAGAAGUGGUGGAGACCUUGUAUGCUUUGGCAGGAAUGUUCCCCGACAAUGAACGGGAUCGCAAGACUAAAUUUGAUACUUCUUCUUCAGAUGCAAGUCCUUCAGCUUUGCCUGAGGCUUGCGAGAAACAUCCACCUCAGUUGGAAGAUACUGUAGGUUUAAAAGAAGACCUGAAUGAAAUUUUCCUGUCAAAAACUGAUGAGGCUGUUAAUCCUGCUUUGAAUAUGGAAAAAUCACAUGAAGAAACCGUAAAAAUUAAUUCUUUGAUUAGGCCCAGCAUUUGUGAGUCAUCUGAUUUUCCCUUCUGCGAAACACUUCAAGGAGAGGUCGACAGUUUUGUUUCUCAAGCGAACUGGCAAAAGAUAUUUCAUAAACAUGAGCAAUCAUCAUUAAAAGACGCAGUUAACUAUUGCUUUCCGCCUGAGCCACUCCAGGAUGCUGGCAAACUAAAGCAACCUGUAAAGCUGGAGAUUCCGCAGCUUGACUGGAAUUCAGAAAUUACGUUAGGGCUGACUACAAAAAUCAGAAGCCAAUUGGAUCAGCAGCAUUUUAUUAAUGAAUCCAAAAGUAAUUGUCCAGCAUUAUGGCCAGGAUUGUCUUCAACGGUAUCAAGUACUUUUUGUCCUGGUCCUCUACCACAAUCCUUUACUGUUAGAAUGCCUGCCUGGCUUGGUACCACUAGCAGGCAUGGUCCAGUGCAAAUUGAUUCUUCAACUGAAAAGGUUUCUAAAGUUUCAAUAGAUAGAAGAUCAUGGAAGAGGUGUGCAGCUCAUGCUCACAUAAGCCAUCUCAUUCGAGCUCUAGCCAUGCCUAACAGCAAAGAGAGCUUGCAACUGCCUCCAAGUCAACUGAAACCACAUGAAAUAUUGAAACAAGGUGUAAUCAUGACAAUAAACGACUUCAAUGGCGUCAGAAAUGAUUUAAUUGGAGCUGCAUGUUCUAGCAUAGUUAACAACAACAUUGAGAAAUAUUCAAGUGAUGCUAAAAGUAGUAAUCUUCAGCAUCUAAGGCUACGCCAAGAUCAUCCACAGCAUGCUCUGUCAUCUGGUGCAUACACGUCUCAUCAGAAGAGUUUCGAUUUCUUGUCUUUGUCGGGUGGAGGUGGUGGGAUGGAAAAUAUUAAUAGUUUCAGUGGAGCUGGAAGUUGCCCGGAACCAUUGGCCCCAGUGCAAGUUCCUUAUCCUGCACAACAUUCAAGGCUCGUGCCGUUCUCCAUGUCCCAAGCGCAAUAUACAGCUGUUUACCCUAACCAGCCUUCAUCAGCAGCAGCCCAACAGGCUCCCCAUUUCAACAACCCAUACUGUGGUCCUCAGGCUAGUUGCAAAGUCUUGACAAAGCAGCAGCAACAACAGCAGCAGCAACACCACCGUCAAUGGACAGCCAAGUUGGCAGCUCAGUAUAGGAAUGCUGCAACUUCCGCAGCUAUGACUCAGUUUCCAAUUUGGCAAAAUGGAAGGCCAGACUCACCUGCAGUGAUGCCAUUUGUCUUACCAUCGUCACCUUCAACUAUAGAAGUAUUAGGCCACAAGUACCCUCAGAUCUCUCUGCAGCAACAGCAACAGCCGUUCAUGACCAUCACAUCACCACAUGAAAGGACAAAAAGGCAGGAUAACCAUCUUUCUUCUGUUUAUGAAGAAAUUGGAGUCGGAUUUCGAGCUGGCGGUGGUGCAUUACCAUUACAGUUGCUCUGCAGUGAGCGACUAUGAGAACGAUAAUAAUAAUAAUAGCUCGGAGGUUGUGUUGGAAUCGGAUGGGGGAAGGACCAUAACAUUGUUUCAUUCUUUACUUGUAUAAAUACCAGUGAGACUGGGUACUCCAUCCACGAUUUAAAGCCAAGCAUUGAACCAAAAUAGCAGAGGGAAGAUCAGACUCGGAAGACGAGAAGAACAUAAUGGCAUUUUGAAGCAUAUUGAUAACAGCAAUCUUUUUGCGGCAUAUAUGUAAAGUUCUUAUCCACUUCUACUGCACAGAAUUAUUAGCACUUUUGAGAGUUGAAAAUUGCUUGUUAGCAUCAGUUAAAUAAGUAGAGAACAAAGUUGUAAGCUUUUAUAAUGUUAUUUGUUAUUAUCAAAGCUUUUAUUGUUAUUAUUUCA